AUGCACCAGGAGACCGUCACCGAGCGACCCGACGAGAACUGCCGCAAGAGGAACGUGGUCAUAAUGUACUACCUGGAAGAUGGCACCAUGAGCAUGUCCGAGCCGCGCAUAGAGAACUCCGGGAUAGUGCAAGGCCUUUUCUUGCGAAGGCAGCGAGUGGAGCGUCCGGAGGGGGGAGGAAUCUUCAAGCCCAGCGACUUCCGCUGCGGCAUGGAAGUCAGCUUCUUUGGAAGGACCUACCACAUUACCGGAUGCGAUCGCUUCACGCGCUGGUACUUCAGCGAGCUCGGCUUAGAGGCGGGCGAAGACGAGGAGGUGCUGGAUGAUGCUUGGCACACCAACUACAAGCUCCGGAAGUGCGCCGAACGCGGCGCACUCCCUUCCUCGAAGUUUGCGGUGGAGCAGAAGACGAUUGGCCAGUUCCAGAUGGGUGCGCCCCCCGUCUCCAAGAAGCUGACGCAGUUCGUCCUCAACGACAGGAAGGUCCUGCGCUUCAAGGGCUACUGGGAUGACAACACCCUCUAUGGAGCCCGCAUCUACUUCAACAUCCACUACUACCUCGCAGACAACACCAUGGAGUUCAAUGAGGCGCACUGCCGGAACUCUGGCAGAUACCCGGCUCCUAUCUUCUUCAAGCGCGGUGUCUUGAAGAAGAAGAACGUGGCGCAUUGCGUCCCAGCAAUGCUCUCCGACGAGUCGGGUUUCUACCGCCCGGAGGACCUUCGUGUCGGCGAGUCCAUCGAUGUUUGGGGUCGCAAGGUGGUCCUCUUCGACUGCGACGACUUCACGCAGAAGUUCUACAAGGACUACAUGGGCAUCAACCAGCGGGACUCGGUCAUCGACGUCUCAGAGAAGCCGAUGCGACACCUGAAGUUGCUUCCUCCUCCACAUCAGGGCGUUGGGAAAGAGGAGGACUCACUCAUCUCCUGUAAGAUGAUCAACGUCAAGCCGCCGAAAGUGGACCUGGAGAAGCUGAUGGUUUACACCGGCGAGGUGCUCCGGUUCGAAGCGAAGAUGAUCAACGGACAGGUGGAGGAUGAGAUGCGUUUGCUGGUUAUCGCCUUCUACCCGCACGAUGACGAGGUAGCCGUGUUCGAGGUUCCUGUUCGAAACAGUGGGCAUUGGACAGGCAAGUUCGCCGACAAGCGUCGUAUGAUAAACCCUGCCACCGGCCAGCGCUUCAAGCUCUCCGACCUUCGUGUAGGGACCACGGUGACGAUGGCGGGGCAGCCGCUGUACAUCACCCGUGCCGACGAACGCUGCCUACAGUUUCUGGAGGCGCGACCGAAGCAAUUUCCUUACGCGGACCCAAUUGCCUGCGCGAAGAAGUUGGCCGCGCUGAAGGGCGAGCCAGAGAUGGAAGAUCCAGACGGCGUUGAUCCGGAUCGGCUGAAAGAGUUAGCCUUGAGCCUGGGUCUCGACAUCGUGGAUCACGAGAUCGUGACGGUCCUGCGCAGGUUUGGCGUGACCGACGAGGAUGGCAACCUUAGGAUACUUGGCCCUGCUGUGUUGGAAACGGCAGCGGCUCGUGAACGGCCGCAGAUGUCAAUCCAAACACCCAGCCGGUAG